AUGGGGAUGAAUUUUGGGGUCCGACAUCUAGGUAGGGAGCCAUCGGAUCAUGCCCUCUUUCUUUUGUCAACAUCGACUAGACUUGAUAACAAGCCUAGAUCUUUUCGGUUCAUAAAUGUUUGGACUUCAAAACCUGAGCUGUUGGAUGUUAUUAGGACGAGUUGGUCUACCUUUUGCCUGGGGCGUUCGUUGCAGUGGUUGGCGGCCAAAUUACAGCACGUUAAAUGUGCACUCCAACUUUGGUCGCGGGUGCAUUUUGGCAAUAUUUUUGAUGCAGUUAAGCAGGCAGAAGAGGUAGUAAUGGCGGCAGAGGCUGCAUUUGAUAAUGACAAUUCACAGCAGCAAUGGCUAGCACUCCAGGAAGCAAGAGCGGUAAUGAGACAAUCACUUGUCAAGGAGGAAGCGUAUUGGAGGCAAAAUGCAAGAAUCAAAUGGCUGCAGGACGGGGAUAAAAACUCAAGGUUCUUUCACGUGGUAGUGGCAGAGAGACGGGCAAAAUCUGUUAUACACCGGAUCAGGAAUAGUUAG